GAACUUGUUAGAGCAGCCGUCAGUCAGUCACGGCACUACUCUCACACACACACACGCACGCACGCACACACACACGCUAAAGUAAAUAUGCCGGGGCGGAACGCGCAGGAAUGGAUGCGCCUGUCUCUGCGAACACCGGGCAUCUUCAUCUUCGGCCUGGUCUUGGCCCCCUGCGGCUGGGUGCUCAACCUCACUGCCACCGUGGCGCCCAACUGGAGGACCCUUGACGACAUCCCAAACACGCCGAGCAACGAGUUCAUCGAGCAGGGCAUCUGGGACAUCUGCAGGUCCGUCACCACCUCCACGUCGUCCACGUGCAACCUGGAGGACAGCGUCUACUUCGGGAACCAGAUCAUCGAAGUGGCUCGAGGUCUCAUGGUGGCCUCUCUGGUCGUCACCCUGCUGGGGCUGGCAGUAGCCAUCCCCGGGAUCCGCUGUUGGAAAGAGAGACCCAACUGGGUGAUCGCCGGUUUGGGUGGAAUACUGAUCUUCAUCUCCGGAGUGCUCACCAUCAUCCCCAUCGCCUGGUACACGAACAUCCUGGACGACAUCACCACCGUCACGCCGAUCGUCACCGUGGAGGUGGGUUACUGCAUCGUGCUCGGCUACAUCGGCGGCAUCUUCGAGGUGCUGGCCGGCUUCGUCAUGUUCGUCGGGAUCUGUCGCUGCUGCGGCGGGAAGAACCGCGGCGAGGUGCGGGUGACCGAAAACGUGCGCAGCCGCUUCAGCGCCCGCGGGCCCACCCCGCAGCCCAGGCGCGUGGACGUGCCCACCCUGAGCCGGAGCCCCGCCCCCAGCAGCGUCCCCUACAUCCGGGACACCCUGGACGAUGACAUCUCCUUCCCCCGGGCCAAGAGUCCGGCGGCGCGCUCGGCCAACACGUCCUACAGCGGGAGACCCUAUGAUGCAGAUUUGUGAGGGGGGCCACACCUGGACACAAGUUAAGCAGGAGACAGGACUUUAAUAGGGCGUCUACGUUCAAAUCAAGUCAGGAUUGUCCACUUUUUAGGGUCAGCGAGAUCAAAUCAUGAUUGCUAGAUAAGCCAAAGUUGUUUGAGUAUUAUUAAAGUGUUGCACUGUGCAUUAACACUUGAAGGAAUACGUUUAUUAUGGUUCAUUGCUGGGGUGGAGUGUCAUUAUGACGGAUGAUCAUGUUUUUCAUGGCUGUCUUUUAUACUCAUUUGUAAAUAGUUCUAUUUUUUCCAGCGAACGCUAACUUGGACAGUAACAUUCUGUAUCUCUCCAUUCUUUUUGAAUGUCAAUACUCCUAUGCACUUUAUGUUGACGUGAUCAAUAAUGCUUGAUUAAAACCUGCAUCGUUUCUCUCGGCCAAAGAGCAAACAUACAGUAGCUGCUGUUUGUGUUAUGAUUGGCCGCCGGCCUGGGAAUAAACAUCGCAGUUGAAAA